AUCAAGUAAAAUGGAGCCGUUUAAUAUUCAAGUGCCUGAUAUUCCAAGACUUAGUGACUCCAAUAACUAUUGGUAUUGGCGAAUACUUUUGCGUGCUUAUUUAGAUGCUGUAGGACUGUGGUCAGGCAAUGCUCCAAUUGAGUGCGCCCAAAGCAAGUUCAUAUUGUUGAGUACGCUAGAGUUAUGGCUUAUAUCGCGGGACUAUGAAACAAAAAGCGCCAUAGGAAUAUUUAAUGAUUUACAUUUACGUUUCGGAACGGGGAGAAUUCAUGAAAUAUAAUCAACAGUUGAUGCAAAAUAAAUAAUAGUAAAUAAUGACAUAA